AUGGUACAUCCUUAUCCUUACAUCCUAGUGACGUUCAAAGCCAUUGGAAACCAGUCUGGAGCUGUCCAGUCCCUCAAAGAUGGCUUUGAGGCACUAAAGAUCGGCAAAUUCGAAUUGGAUGGUCGAUGGGCUCCUCCUUCCGUCGCACAAGACAACCUCGAUCUGUUUGACCAGUUCACCGCUGCGUGCCAUUUCAUCUCGAAGCUUCUACUCGACUGCAUCUCGGAUGAACUGGGCCUGAAGGGAGACGCCCGGCUUGAAAACCCGACCAAGAUUGGCCAGAACAUGCACACCGAUAUUGGCAGUUUGACCAUCCUCCACGCGCCGCAGUGGGGUCUCCAGGUCUUCUCCCCGGAGGAUGCUACUUGGAAGUAUGUUGUUCCCCGACUGGGUCAUGCAAUUGUCAACGUCGGCGAUACAUUGCGCUUUCUUUCGAACAAGCGUUCGCGCUCUGCAUUGCACCGCGUGUUGCCUCAAGGCCAUGUCCAAACUGAAGAUCGCUACUCUAUUUUGUACUUCCUGCGAGCUUCGGACUCCACCGAGUUUGAGGACAGCAAUGGAGAAUAUUCGAGGGCGAAACAAUGGUACUUGAAGAGGUAUGAAAUGUAUGAGUUGCCCCAUACCAUUCAGAAAGAGCACACGACACUUUCGGGUGGAAUGGCUCAGGAGCUACAGGCCACCUUUUAA